CUCAGGGAGACGGAGCGGUCGGACGGUGAGGCCGGUGAGCGGGGCUCGGGUUUACAGCGGGCCGGGGAGUGGGCUGCUGGAGCCCGGCUUGCCGUUGCUCCUCUUUCCCCUGUGAUGGCCUCCGGCCUCGGGGAGCCGCCAGUUGUUUAUUCGGGUUGAAUGCACUUCGUCCGAGUCCCGUGGAUCCAGCCUGUGAGCGGCUUCGUUCCUGAUAAACUGGGAUUAUUUAAAAGGUGAUCAAUUGGGAAAUGUUGAUGUACAAAGGGACUCAGGUGUCCUUGUACACCAAUCACUGAAAGCAAACGUGCAAUUGCAGAAAACAAUUAGCAAGGCAAAUGAUACAAACUGAUCUGCUUUAUUACAACGAUGUAGCAUUGGAACCCCUAGCUGGGAGAUCAAAGGUUGAAUCCCAGUCUACAUUGAUACCUGCACUCCAGAGAUGUGAGUUCCGCAUGCCCUCAAGAAGCUGGUGGUGAUUAUCCUAUACACAUACUUGGACUGAUUUCUGCAAUCCCAUAGUCCCAAGUCGAUGAUCUACAUUUGCAGGUUUCUGAACCACAUGUUGCAGGCCACCAAUGUGGCCACAGGGGAUUCGCAAUGUUCUGUGCAACUUGACUGAUGACCUGAGACAUCAUGGAUAGCCCACCCAAACUGACGGGGGAAACGUUGAUUGUACAUCACAUUCCCCUCGUUCACUGCCAGGUCCCAGACAGAAAGUGCUGCAGCAUGGGCAAAAGACCAAACCCUUUCUACCAUACUGAUCUGGGAAUCACAAGGACUACAUCGCUGCCAGAGAAGGACCUGCUUCAAAAGGAAACAUUACUUUACAGCAGCUUAAUUCAGGCUUCCUGUUUACCUCCUGGGGCACCACGUGAAAUUGAAGGUAGAAUACCAAACUCGAAAGAAGUCAACAAUAGUGAACAGCACAAUUCGUUAAUUUUAAAUGAGAAUAAUGAUCAGGAAAGCUCCAAUAACAGUUCUUUUCAUCCUCAGAACAGCAACAUUAACAAUCCACCAUUUGUUCUGCAUGAACUGCCGUUUCACCUUCAUGGUGCUGAAAAUAAUACAAAGCAAUGGAGCCCCACCAUUAGACAAGGCACUGUUGAAGGUCAAGAGAAGCAAACACACAAAUGUGACGGGAAGAAGUCAAAUAGGACUAUCACGUCGAGACCAGCGUCAGCUGAGCUGAUGGAACUACCUAUAUGCAACUGUGCUCAUGAUAGCACAUCAACCUUAUUCUUUGAUUGCAAUCAAGGGUUGGAGAGCAGCCAAGAUGGAUUGUUCAGGAAGCAAAAUUUGCUAGAGAGCAGAAGAUGCAGCUGCUCCAGCUUAGAUUUACAACAAAGCAGAAGUUGUGUCUUUUCAGAUCAGUCUGAGACAGAUAAUCAACAUAUGACUUACAACAGUGACUCUUCAUGUAACAGUUCAGAUGGUGUACUGGUCAACUUUACAGCGAUCUACAAUAAAAUGAAAAGCCAGUCAAAGUCCAAUUUAAGUUCAGGUAACAUGUCCCAUGAUUCUUCAUACUGCAGUCACUCAGAUCUGGGUGCAUUCUACUUGGACCUACAAUCAUCACCUAAUGAGCCAAAGAAUGCAUGUGAGAUUCACAAUGGUGAUAGUGCCAUGCAAACCUGUCUAUGCCAUCAGCAGUGUUCACCAGCUGUUGAUGAUAACUGCAAUUCUUACCACCUACCAUGUGAAAACAUGCCCUGUUCUUCUGAAAAUUCGGAUUUUACUGCUUGUUUUCAAAGUCAAGCAAGACUAGUUGUUGCCACACAAAAUUAUUACAAAUUAGUAACUUGUGACCUAUCUUCUCAGUCUACACCAAGCCCAGCAGGGUCUUCAAUAACAAGCUGCUCAGAAGAUCACACAAAGAGUACAAGCCCUAGUCAACCUACAGAGUAUUAUCUCUUCCGGCAACCAGAAGAUAAGAAAAUUAACAUUGAUCAGUGUCUUCAGGAGAAACCAGCAGCGGACACUGCUGAAGAUCUCAUUGAAGGCCAAGUGUACGUGAAUGUUGCCUCAAAUACUUCUGGCAGGCAAAGAUCGAGAAGCUAUGAUCGCAGCUUGGAUAAGAGCCCAUCUCCUAGGUUGGGCUCAUUAGAACGCAUGUAUAGCUGCCCAGGCAAGCUAAGUGAUGGUCACACGGGAACAUCUCAGAGAUCACCACCAAGACGAGUAACCUCAUUUGCUGAAAUUGCUCGAACUAGAAAACGAAGUGGGAACUCUCCACCGCUGAAAACCAGUGGCGAUUCUUCCAUAGAGUUCUCUCCAAUUCUGGAAAAUCAAAAAGAAAAUAAUGUAUUUGUUUACAUGGAUGAGGACCAACACCAUAAUCUGCCUGGCAGGUCCUCUACAAGAACAGAUUUAACAACAACCUGUGAUGCGCCUUUUAUUCAUCGUUUCAACAACAAAAACAGUAAUGCAAGCGUGUAUGAUAGAGCUCACCUGGAAGGGUAUGGACCUUGUUACAGUGGAGAAGGUGGCAGGAAACUAGAACCAGUUAACGCAAUCCAUCAACAAAUGGAAAAGGAUGCAUCUUUUGACAGCAGAACUAAAACAGAAGGUGGCGGAUCAGAAGCUAAUGCAGUUAUUCGUUAUAGUAAGGAACAGCGCCCAACUACAUUGCCUAUUCAACCUUUUAUUCUUCACCAUCCAUUGAGCAAACAACUUCCCAGGGUUCGCCCAGUGCAAAAUCAUAGUGCAUCUUCUGUCUCAUAUAUGUACAGUAUUCCUAGUAGUCAGCUAACAACAAAUGAACAUUCAGGUUGUACAUCAAGUUCUUCUGGUGGUAUGGUGUCAUUGGAAAAUAUAGCGACAGUAGGCCAGUUACGGAAUGGAUUCAAAACAGAUGAGAAUGAGAAACAGGGAAACUCGUCUCCCAUAAAUGAGUACUGUUUACGGAGACCUGUACCGGAUGCAAUUAGGCCAUCACCAUUGGGCAGUUACUCACCAGUGAAAAACGAUGCACCCAUCUUGCAGAGUGGAGAUUCGUCAUCUUCUGCUGUCUCACUAGAAAGAAAUUAUGGAAGUCACCCUCCAAGAAGUAGAUCAUGCCCUUUAUCUGCUAACCUCCUUCCAGUACGAUCAUCCCCAGCAAAAGAUGUUGCUUCACUUAGCAAAAGCCACCUUCAACAGAUCAGAGAUGAAAGAAAGAGUCCCAAGGAAGCUCAGAAGAAAGAGCAAGGAUACUUUCAAACUGCACAGAACUCCAGCUAUCGUUCCCAUCAAAUUGUGUUACCAACAUCAGCUAACGUAACAGCAAAUGGUGUGAGCAAUCAUCUGGAUCAUCAGAAGGAUAACAAGGGCAGAGGUGGAAAAGCCGCACUACUUAACCAUGUGGCAUCAGGCUUCACUGCUGCUAAUCACAUUACACCUCUGGCAUUGAAAUGGAGGGAAUAUCGUAGAAGAAAUCCCCUUGGUCAUGACCGUAUAACAGGAUUUGGCUGUAAUUUGGUGCCUAAACAGUCAGGUCCCGGAAUGAUCAAGAAGAAUACAUAUCUGGAAUUUUCCGGCACAAGUGGUGUCAGCCAUAUUCGCACAAGGCUAUAUGGCCAAUCUGUGAAGCAACUUCAGAACUAUUACAGUGAUUUCUUUCCGGAUUAUUUUUCACUGGCUGAGAAACCCCCUGCUGAGUUCUGUUUAUCACCUGAUGGAGCCACAGAAAGUAUCUCCAUAGAUUUGCUGCAGAAGAAGGGUCUUGUUAAGGCGGUGAACACUGCUGUUGAUCUAAUUGUAGCACACUUUGGAACAAGUAGAGAUCCUGGCGUAAAGGCCAAGCUUGGGAACAGUUCAGUCAGUCCCAAUGUGGGCCACCUUGUACUUAAGUACCUGUGCCCAGCAAUGAAAAAUGUACUUCAAGAUGGGUUGAAGGCAUACAUUCUGGAUAUGAUCAUAGGACAAAGGAAAAAUUUGCCAUGGACUGUGAUUGAGGCUUCCACCCAGCUUGGUCCUUCUACCAAGGCACUUAACAAUCUUUUUUGCAAAAUAAGUCAGUACUCUGAGUUAACAAGCCACAGCACGAGAUUUAAUGCGUUCAUCUUUGGCCUUCUGAAUAUCAGAUCCUUGGAGUUUUGGUUUAAUCACUUGUAUAAUCAUGAAGAUAUUAUCGGAGUUCACUAUCUGUCCACUGGUUUCCUAGCACUGUCGCACAGUGUUUGCCAACCACUAUUUGAAGAGCUCCUUCUUUUAUUGCAGCCUCUUUCGCUACUGCCCUUUGAUUUAGAUUUAAUGUUUGAACACCAUGUUAUCCAAAUGACUAAGGAGCAACAGAAGAAGAAGGAACAGCUCAAAGUCAAGCAGGAUCUCUUGCAAUCCGUGCACUCCACCUUCCAGCUCAUGAGAACCAAUGGCAGUAAUGAGAGUUUUGGACCUGAACAGAACAGAGGGGACAAAUCAGAAAGAAUUACACAAAAGGGGACAAUGACAAGAGAUGGAUCAGAUAAACAUAAUGGAGAAGUAGAAAGUAUGGAAAGAAUUAGAAAGGAGAAAGUGAGUGAGAUCAAAAAGGACAAGCAAGCAGGGUGGUGGUACCAGCUCAUGCAGAGCUCGCAGAUAUACAUUGAAGGUUCUUCAGAACAAUCAAAGUUUGUAAACUGGGAGAAGAGAAAGAAGCAAAGUACAGCUGUUGUACCUCCUCGAUUAAGUAUUGGUACAGAGAAAGGGUCACUUCGAGAUGGUUAUCCAGAAGGAGCAGAGAGUCAAUCUAUAUUUGAAUUACAAAAUUCUGACAUUUGCAGUGUGGUGUCCAGUCAGGCUGAGUCAAAUGAAGAGGCAGCAGCCACUAAGGAACUGUUAAAGAAAAUUCAGGCCGAGUAUUCUAAAAAUGAAUCCAAACCUUCUUGGAUGGGGAGUCCUCCAGAAUCUGUGCUACAUGAACUUAAACAUAGCAAGGUGAAUGAAAGCAUUGCUUCAAAUGAUCAUGAUGUGAAACCAGAAAGAAAGUCAAACAUGGAGCACAUUGAAGGAAAACAAGGAAUGUGGCUGGGCCGGUUGUUUGGUGCAAGUGUAAAUCAAACUAGGAAAGAAGAGUCACAGCUGGUUAAAUCACAGAAAAGCAGAUUACCUUCUGGCUGGCUAGGACUUGAUAGAUCAGUGUAUGAUCUAAUGGUGCAGACCAUGGGAACUGGAAAAUGGAGAGGUCCUCAGCACAUAGCAGAACAAAUCAACCCACAGUCUGGAGGUAGUCAGCCAGAAUCUCGAGAAAGAAAAGCUCAGCAUGAGCGAGAAGUGAAAGCACUUUGCCAUCACAUAGCAACUGAAAAAGGACAACUCAGCUUUAAAAAAGGUGACCUUCUGAGAGUGAUGUCAAAAGUGGAUGCUGACUGGCUGCUGUGUGGCCUUGGUGCUGAACAUGGAUUAGUACCCUUUACAUAUGUGACUCAUCCCGAAGAUGAAGAUUAUUGAUCCGAAUGCUCGAUAGACUGUGCAAUUUUAAUUGAGGUGGGUGGGGGAGGGAGAGGAAAAAGUAAAAAUUGUUGACUUCAAGAUUAAUUGAGCAGAAGCACUAAAUUGCCAAUAUUUCUUUGCUUAUUACUUAAUUUUUCAUUGAGUGCAUUCAGUAUACAAUUUAGAACCCCCAACGGAAUAGAAUAUAUUGCUCAUCAACUAAUUCUCAUUAUAGCAUUGGUGACUAUAAAGUAUGCAUGGCACACAAACAUCUGUUCUAAUUUUCACAUGCCUUUAGGAGUAAGCGACGUUAUAUUAACAGACUUCCAAUAAGUGGUACAGAACUAGGACAUAUAUGUUACAAUUUAUAUUAUUUAAUGUAUAUCAAAUUUUCAUUUUAAAUGGUGUAAAUCGCAUGAAUUUAUGAAGUACAAAUAACAGGCAGUAUUUCUGUUUGUGGAAGACAGUAUUGGUGCCUUGAUUGGAUCCUGUAGGAUGACUUAGCUGCCUACCUUUGCAUAGCCAUUCUACAAGAACGUUUAAUGUUUGAGGUAGCGUAGGAAUCAAUGAAAAUAUAACAAUUUGUAGUAAUAUAUACCUCUGGCUUGUAUAUAUGCAGUCGAAGAAGGUACGCCACAUUUAGUUUUAUUUACAGACAUUCUUUCAAUGUGUAUUGUAUUAUUUAUUUAUUUUGCAUAUUAAUAAAAGUGCUGAAAUGAUGACUUGCAA